GCAGAAAAAAAAUAAUAAAAAAUUCCUGAAAAUGGCUAAACAAAUAAGCUGGUUUUCAGUAUUCUUCUCAAUUUAUUUGCCAUUUAUUUUAUUAUUGAUUCCCAAAUCAACUAAUGGUCAAAAUCCCUACGCUAUUUGCCCAAACACUACUAUUUUCGCAAACAAUAGCCAAUAUCAAGCCAAUCUCGACACCGUCUUCCGUUAUCUCUCCUCCAACGCCACCAACCCCAACGGCUACCAUCAAGCCGUUUCAGGUAACGGCAAUGCGGGUAGCGAGGCCGUCUACGGCCACUUCCUCUGUCGAGGGGAUUUGGACACUAUCUCGUGCCAAAAUUGUGUUACCACUGCCACCACUACUGGCCUCCCUAGGACGCUUUGUCCUAAUCGAAAAGUUGCUAUCAUAUGGUACGACGAUUGUUUGGUAAGGUACUCAAACCAGUCAUUUUUUGGUCGGAUGGAAACGGUCACAGGAAUUAUCUUAGUGAAUAUAAAUAAUGUAACUGGGAAUACAACCCGGUUCGAGGAAGUUAUGGGUAAUAUGAUGAACAACGUCAUUGCUGUACAAGCUCCCAAUGGAGGGCAACAAAAGAAGUUUGCGACCGACGUUGUGAAUUUUACGACGUUCCAAACCAUUUACGGGUUGGGUCAGUGUACCCCGGAUUUGAGCCCUAGUGAUUGUAAUACAUGCUUAAUGAGUGGUAUUGGGCACUUUGGCAUUGCUAUGGGUGCACAAAGUUUGCUGUCUAGCUGUGUUGUCCGGUACGAGAACUACCCUUUCUUUAACUUGUCGUCGGUGGUCCGACCACCUCAGCCACGGCCAUUAUCUCCACCACAGUCUCCUACCAGUAAUUCCGUCCGAUCUAACGGGAAAAGAAUCUCAGCGAAUGUGAUUAUUGCCAUAGUCAUUCCCAUAGUGGCUAUUAUUGUGGCACUACUUGUAAUUUGCAUUUAUUGCGCCAAAUACAAGAAAACUAAGAAAUAUGACACUGCUGAAACUGGUGAAGGUUUCACAACCGUCGAGUCCUUGCAAUUUGAUCUAGCAACACUUCAGUCUGCAACAAAUAAAUUUUCAAUUGAUGAUAAAUUGGGGGAAGGUGGAUUUGGCGGUGUCUAUAAGGGUACACUAUCAAACGGACAACAGAUAGCAGUGAAGAGAUUGUCUAUAAACUCUAGUCAAGGACUACAAGAAUUCAAAAAUGAAAUCUUAGUAGUAGCCAAACUACAACACAAAAAUUUGGUGAGGCUAUUGGGAUUUUGUUUCGAAGGGCAAGAAAAGUUACUGGUUUAUGAAUAUAUGACCAACAAGAGCCUUGCCAAUUUUCUUUACGACCCUGAAGGUCAAGGACUACUUGACUGGGCUACGCGCUACAAAAUUAUAGGAGGAAUAGCUCGAGGGAUGCUUUAUCUCCAUCACGAUUCUCAACUAAGAAUUAUACAUCGAGAUCUUAAGGCAAGCAAUGUCUUGUUAGAUGCCGAUAUUAAUGCCAAAAUUUCAGACUUUGGAAUGGCAAGAAUUUUCGCAGUGGAUCAAAGCCAAGACAAAACAAGUAGAGUUGUUGGAACAUAUGGCUACAUGGCGCCCGAAUAUGCAUUGCACGGACAAUUCUCUAAUAAAUCAGACGUUUAUAGUUUUGGAGUCUUGGUCUUGGAAAUUAUUAGUGGCAAAAGAAACAAUACAUUUUAUGAAUCAGGAAAAGCCGAGGACCUUCUAAGCUAUGCAUGGAAACAGUGGAGAGAUGGCAUGCCUUUGGAAUUCGUAGAUCCAACGAUAAGAGACUCGUGCUCAAUGGAUGAAGUUAUGAGAUGCAUACACAUUGGUUUGCUAUGUGUUCAAGAAAUUCCAGAUGAUAGACCUACUAUGGCAACCGCAGUCCUCACGUUAGACAGCUACUCGGUUACUCUUGAGGUUCCCGUAGCUCCGAUUUUCUUUACAAAGAGUAGAGUGUCAAAUAAGGAUUGUACAUCGUCUGAUCAGUCAUCGACCAAGUUAGCACGUUAAUUGGUAUAUGACGUCAAAAUCACCGAGCCAGAACCCGAGUAGUAAAAAUCAUUUUUUAUAUUACUCGGUAGUACUUUGUAUGUAAUUCAUUUUUUAUAAACUGAUCGGGUGAUACAAGGGAAGAGCUUGAGAACGUAUAUAUCUGAUAGGUACCAUUCUAAAACUAAUUGAUGAUAGGUGAAAUAUCCUACCAAUCUUAUAUGUUAGUCAAUCUCUCUAUAUUUUA